AUGGCGGCGGUGUGUCUGGGCGCGGAACUGCAGACCCUCACGGAGCAGUAUGGGCCGGACGCGGCGGUAUCCGGUGUAGUGCCGCAAGUGCUCCGUGUCCUGGAGUUGCUGGAAAGCUACGUGGGGGGUUCCGGGAGGGAGCGGGGCUGCACUGAGGAAGAGAUGCUCAUCAGAGCCGUGCACAGUAUCUCCAGGAGCAGCUGCUUGAAGCUCAGAAGAAAGAGCAUGUUCUACAGAAUCAGCUGUCGCAGCUCACAUGAAGAGAACCAGAAACUUCUUGGGCAGUUGGCUGAGCGCAAGUCAAAGGAAGACUUCUGUGCCUCCGACACCAUUCCUACCUCUGGGACGUGGCAUCCAGAAAAGGAUGAUACAUUUGCUUGUGGUGAUAAAACUGGGAAUGUAUCCUUGGUAAAUCUGAAGAAUCCAAACUCUGCUCAAACUUCAGCUGUGCACUCCCAAAGCAUCACAGGGCUGGCAUACUCAUUUCACAUGUACCAUCUUUAUUUUGCUUUUUUUUCUGUCUGUGUUGUCAUUCUUUAAGUUGGAAUACAGGAUGAAAUG